CGUACUCGACAAACAGCAUCCGUCGUUGGUUUAGUAUCGUGGCACAGGUAAAAACGUGAAAUUGCGUUGUAGCACCUGUACUCACGUCAAACGUUAAUUCGUAUCGUAAAUUUUUCGUUCGUGAAUGUUUUUUUUUCAAGUGAUUAUCUUUUGUCGUCAAAACAGUUCAAACCAAAAAAAAAAAACAAAUUGAAUAUUAUUAUUGAUUUUAUUUAUAACAAAUAUAUGUAUAUUGUUUAAACAACAACAACAAAAUGAGACGUGGAUCAGUAUCAACUUGGGAAAAUUUCGGUAGGAGAAAUUCCGCAAAUAUGGCACAAUUUACAGGUGAACCAGCACAAUUUAUGACAACAGAUGAGAUUAAAUAUAGACCAACAGAUGGUUGGUUUUUAUCCUAUAAAAAAGCAACAACCCUUACGAUAUUAGUUAUUUUUGGAUUAAUUGUAUCAGGUUUAAUCGGUUGGUACAUACAUUCAAUUCCAACUAAACGAAUACAUGAAGAAAUGAAUUUGAUAAAUGACGAAUCAUUGGAAGAAACUAAACCAAUUUCACCAAACGUUCGUCCAUUAAAAUAUUGGCUUAAUUUUAAACCAAUGAUAAUGGAUAAUAAUAAUCAAUCAAAUGUUACUUUACCUGGACGAGUUAUUAUUGAAUUUCGAAUAUAUAAUGAUACUGGUAACAUAAACAAAUUAUCAUUGAAUGCUGUAAAUAUAAAUGUUACAGGAUACCAAUUAUUAAUUUCGAAGGAUAUAUUAUUAAAGGAUUAUCAAAAAAGAUAUAAAAGAACAAAUGAUAGUAACGUUAUCAUAGAUAAGGAUUAUCUAACUUCAGAUAAUGAUACUAUGAUUGAUGAUAGUUCAACUAUAAUAGGAUAUAAUGAAUCUAAUAAAACUAUAUUAAGUUUUGAAAAUGAUUCUAAUAUCACUUUGAAAAAUGGAACUUAUAUAAUGGAAGAAGAAACUGUAAAAGUAGAUUCGACAAAUGGGACUUUGUUGGUUGACUACAAAGUGUCUAGGAUCAAAGAUCCUGACUGGUUUUCUAUGAAUGAUAUAGGAAGAUAUGAUGAAAUCGUUGAGAUAAAAGAAUACGAGAUUGAUCAUGUCAAUAAAGUACACGUGAUACAUCCUAAGAUUAAUCUCAAAAGUGGGGUUUAUUUUUUGACGAUAGAUUUUGAAGCUAAUCCUCCAAUGGAUGUAUUUUACAACGUUGAGUCGAGCAUGAACGACGAAAAAACGAGUAUGAUGGGAACGUUAUUAAAAACAGCAGGUAGCUGUUCUCAUCUCUUUCCACUUUUCGACGAGUUAUACCUCAAAGCUGUAUUCUCUUUAACCGUUGAACGUCCCAAGGAAAUGAAAGUUUUAUCAAAUAUGCCUUUGAGAAGUACGAAAGAUGAUUUUCAUUCAGAUAAUUGGCUGAUCGAUACAUUCGAUGAUACACCAUUGAUAACACCGAACAAUUUGGCAUUCGUAAUGGGUAAUUUGAAAAUUGUCGAACAAGUUUUGGUCAAUUCGACAUUGUUGGUAACAUUUUGGGCCGAGUUCAAUACGACAUCUACUGGCUUUUACAUGUUAGACAAAUUCGAACCAAUUAUCAUUGGUUUAACCGACAUUUUGACUGUUCCUUAUUGGUUACCAAAGUUAGACUUGAUUUGCUUACCUUGGAAAAUUGUUGAGUCGUCAGGAAAUCCUGGCUUAAUUUCAAUGAAAAAAUCAUUGUUUUAUACCAAUGAUCAAUCACCAUUGGUUACUAAAACGAAAGCUUUGAAGACGUUAAUAAGUUUACUUGGUGAACAAUGGCUUGGUGGAAUGGUCAACGUUAAAAGUUGGACAAAUGAAUGGUUAUUGAAAGGAUCUUUACUGUAUUUUCAACAUUUGCUUAUUGAUAAGAUAGAUUCGUCAUUGGAAUUUGCUCAUUCGUUCGUUGCUGAUAUUGAAACAAAAGCUAUGGAAUUUGAUGGUUAUAGUUCAUCAAGGCCAUUUACAAUCACUAUCAAUCCACCUCGCAUGAUCUCAAUGAAUGAACGUAACAUGAGAGGUGCAUGUUUGAUUCGCAUGUUACAUGGUGCAAUAAACAAUGAUACUGCCUUUAGGAUUGUCUACGAGAACAUCUUAACGAAGUGUCAAAACGGAAGCAUAGAUGUUGCUGAAGUUUGGAAUUUCAUGAACGAAGAAACGAGAAACUUUCCAUCAAAGUUAUCAGUGACAAAUAUGAUUGACAACUGGAUUUCUCAAGGUGGUUAUCCUGUCGUAACUGUUACACGAAAUUACAAAGAAAAAUCUGCCACAGUCAGUCAGAGAAAAUUCACUUAUGAUGAACCAACGAAAGAUAAAAACACUGAUUUAUGGGAUAUACCAUUAACUUAUCUCUCAGUUAAUGACGAUUGGUCUAAUCCAAAAAAAAUGUGGUUACUUCAAAAUGAUAAAGAACAAAUUAUUCGAAAUAUUAGUACAAUAAAUAAUAAACAAAAUCAAAUCGAUUGGAUUUUAGUAAACGUCAAUAAAACCGGUUACUACCGUGUGAAUUAUGAUGAAAAAAAUUGGCAACACUUGUCAAUGAGUUUGGAAAAAAAUCCUGAAGAUUUUCCAACGGAUACAAGAGCAUCCCUCGUUGAUGACGUAUUUGCGUUGGCAGCAGUUGGCUUUUCGAAAUACGAGACAGCUUUUGGGUUUAUUAAAUAUAUGCAAAUGAAGGAAAGACAUUACGCAACGUGGAACGUUUUAACUCGUCACGUCUUUAAAUUAAAUAACAUUCUUUACGAGAGCUCCGUUUUAAUAGAUUUUCAGGAAUUUAUGCAAAAAUUUAUUACACCAUUGUACAACGAGGUUGGAAAUGAUAUUUCGGAAGGAUCACCGUUAACAUUGGUCGCCAUUAAAUUGGCAUGCAUUUCCGAAUAUUUUAAAUGCAUCGAUUGGGCUAAACAAAGUUUUAUUCAAUUGAAGACAAAUCCUAAUUUCAAACACACGAUUCCCAUGUACAUUCGUCGAACAUUAUAUUGCACCAUAGCAAAGCAUGGUGGUCUUGAAGAAUGGAAUUAUAUUUAUCAAAAAGCAAGAAGUAGUAUGAAAGCAGAAGAAAAAUAUAAUUUAUUAUCAUCCUUCGGUUGUUUUCAAAUUCCUGGAAUCCUACAAUCCAUCAUCGAUGAGAUUAUUCAGGAUGAUAUAUACAAUAAUGAUGAGAUUUGUAUGAUAUUAAAAUCAUUUUCAACGAAUCCAACUGCAUCCAGAAUAACUUAUAAAUUUAUUACUAAUAAUUGGAAAAAUAUUACUGAUAGGUAUUAUGAUAAUUAUAAGGUAAUGAAAUCAUUCAUCUUAGCAAUGCAAAAUGGUGUUACUAACGAACAGGAUUUCAUGGACCUUCAUACUUUUUGGGAAGAUAAUUAUGAAUCCAUUAAAACUAUUAAAUAUGCUGCAGCAUUGGUAGAAGCUAAAUCGAUUUUUGCAAUAUCGUUGAUUAACAAUUAUUCCGAUGACAUUAGAAAAUGGUUGAAAAAUAAUAACAAUGAUUCAGGUGUUUAAGCCAAUAUGAGUUUCUCGACGUUGAGAUAUAAGACAUUUUUUUUUCCUUUUUUUUUCUGGUAACACCUUUUAUCACGUGCCCAUUUCUUGUGAGAUUAUUACGGGGAGAAGGAAGAAAAUUAAAAAGAAAAAGUUAUAAAAACAAAUAUUAAUAUGAACAU